GCUACAUACUGGGUAAACUACGAGAAUGAGCGAUUAUAGAAACGACAAGUCCACUUGUACAUUCUACUCCAAGAUAGGAGCUUGUAGACACGGAGAAAAGUGUUCCCGAGCCCACAUAAAACCGAUCUCUUCGGAAACCCUUUUGUUGGCAAAUCUUUACCAGAAUCCUAAAUUAAAUAAGAAUGAUGCAGAAGAAUUAUCAGCAAAGCAAAUCCAAGAAAGCUUUGAUCAUUUCUAUAAGGAUAUCUUUCUCAAAUUUGCCUCUUUAGGGCAUGUUGAAGCAUUGGUAGUAUGUGAAAACGAGAACAAUCAUUUAAAUGGAAAUGUUUAUGUGAAGUUUCGCUCUAAGGACGCAGCUUAUAACGCAUGCAUGGAAUUAAAUCAAUCAUGGUUUGGAGGAAGACCAGUUCAUAGUGAGUUUUCACCAGUGGAAAGUUUCCACGAAGCCAACUGUCGUGCUCAUGAGACAGAUACUUGCACAAGAGGUGAUCAUUGUAAUUUUAUGCAUAUCCGUAAUCCUAACUCACAUCUCAGGGGAAUUUUAUUUAGAGCACAAGAAAAAAGUAGAAUUGUUAAGGCAUUGCAAGAGUUAAAGAAAGAUGAAGAAAAGGAAAAAGAAUCGGCAAAGGUGGAACAAGAACAACAACAACAACAGCAACUGCAAGAGCAACAACCCCCAAUGUCGUCCUUGGAUACUGUACCAACAACCACUUCUGCAGCAGCAGUGGCAGCAUUGUUUUCCAAAUAGGGGACUAUAGAAUAGACAUGGGGAAGAAAGUUAAAAUGAAACACAAGAAAGUUUGCUCAAGAGACAAUUAUGGUGAAAAUCCAAACAGUAUUUCCGACCAUUAUAAACAGGCAAAUUCAAAUUGGUAAAAUCAAAGAUUAAUU